AUGCUGUUCUACCCCGGCCGGCGUCCUCUCCAGCCGCAGCUUCCGCCGCCAACGCCCGGGCUGGACUGGAGCUUCGCCGGCGCCACGGGGAACGAGACGACGGUGCUGCUCCCAGACGCCCCCCAGCUGUACGCGGCCCUGCCAACAGGGCGCCUUGCCGCAGAGCAGGGACGCCGCGGCUGCGUGUCCACGGACGCGUCGAAGUUUCUCGACGAGAUCAAAGCCGUGAUCGACGCGCACAUUGUUUUCAGGGGCGAGCUGCUGGUCGGCGGGCCGCUGCCGCCGGACUUCGAGGAGCGGUUCGUGGAGGGCGUGUCGGAGGCCGCCCGAGUCCCGGCGGAGGCGGUGCGGGUGCUCCGCGUCGGCCCGGCCGAGGAUGCAGAGGGCGCCGACGUCGACACCGUCGUUUUCACCGCCCCCGCGAGCGUCGUGCAGCUUGCGGAGGACGAGGCCGGGGACUCGAACUCGGACCUCGCCAGGGGCCCGUUGCACGUCUUCCUCGUCGACCGCGCCGCCAGGGACGGCGAGGCUCCAGCGGCGCUCGCCGCGCCAGCGGCCGAGGGGGCUGGCGAGGAGGCGGAGGCGCCCGAGCGAAGGCAGUCCGCAGGGGAGGAGGCGCCCGCCGCUGCAGCCGAUGCGGAGGCGGAGGAGGCCGCGCAGCACGGCCAGGAGGCGGACGCGGAGGAGGCCGCGCAGCACGGCCAGGAGGAGGACGAGGCCGCCGGAUGGAGGAGGCGCCGCCCACGGAGCACGCCGGGCGGGAGGCCCGCGCAGGCGGAAGAACGUUCGAUGUGGACGGCGAGAUGCCGUACGGAGAUCUGGAGCCGUUUGGCCGCGAAGACACGGCCGAGCUCACGGGCAGCUCUAUCCUGGAGAGCGACCAGAUGGUGGACCAGCUUGAGAGGGCUGAGGUCGCGGAGGAGAAGCGUGCUGUCUUCCGGGCGCUCACCAGGCUCCGCGGCGCCGCCAUCACGUCCUUCGACGGCAUCGCGCGCUCGCAGGAUCCCACGGGGAACAUCGACGAGUACAACAAGCGUCACAGGUGGCGAGAUACACACCCCUUGCACCACCUCGCUGAUGAGGAGUCCGACGUUGCCAAAUGGAGGGGGCCUUCCCCGAAGACUGCUGAGGACUGCCGAAGGGCCUCCCGCGCGACCCGAGGGCCCCCGCGCACGGCGGGCGCUCCCCUCGCAUGCCGGCCGGGUGCGGCGCGCGCCGGGUCCGGAAGCGGCCAGAGUCGCAGAGGUGCGGAUCUCAGCUCCGGAGUCCAGCGCCGAUCCCAAACAUCAUGCGUAUGCUGUUUCUUGUCUGUCU